AUGGGCUUGGCCAUCCAGGCUUCGCCCCACACGGUGGACCCCGCAUGUGCGUCCACCGCCAGGCCCGUGGUCAACCUCGCGCGCGCCGCGUGGGACAUCUGGGCGCGGCGCGACUGGCUCACGAAGCUCCUUUGCGAUGCGGAUGCGGCGUUCACCAUCUGCGACCACGGCGAGACUUGGCUGCUGGUCAAGGGCCCCGUCGGGGCGGCUGUUGCUUCUGCCAGGCGCAUAAAAUGGCAUGUCGUUAGCAGUGCGUUCGCUUUCCGCACCGACGACGGCAUCACCAUCAACAUGACCGAGACGUGCCCCUAG